AUGUUGAGGGCCAACAGACCUGAGGGAAGAAACAACUUUGGGGAGGACCAGGCGGCCUUCUCACAGCAUACAAAAGAGCUGCAAAAACGAAUGAAACUCGACAAAAUACGGCAAAUCGUGGACAGGCAAGAGGAAGAAAGAGCAAAGCAACAAGAGAUAGCCCGACAGACCGAAGAGAGGCUAAGGAAAGACAGGCAAGAAUGGGAGAGACUGCAGGAAAAGAUUCGUCAAAACGAGGAGAUGCAAAAGAGGGAGAUGGAGGAGCUGGAGAGACAGCGACAAAUCGCACAGCAACUCGAAGAGAUGGAAAAGAAUGAGAGGAAAGAGAGAGAACGGCAAAAAGAAUUAGCACGAAUUCAUUGA